AUUUGGAAGAUUUUGAGAAGAAGCAGCUGAAACUUUUGGUGAGUUUGGCUGUUGAAAUAAUUCAAUCCAAAAUGGCUGAGAAAGUCGCUCUUGUUGAAAGUUUCCUGAGCUGCCAUGUGUGUUCAGAGACUUUCAGAGAUCCUGUGUCUCUGAGCUGCAACCACAGCUUCUGUUCAAGCUGCCUGCAGAAAUUCUGGGAACUAGCUGGAAACAAGAACUGUCCCAUCUGUAAAAGAAGAUCUUCCAAGGAUUAUCCAGCAGUAAACUUCACUCUGAAGGACCUGGCUGACUCUUUUACAGGAAGACAGAAAUCUGGAUCAUCUGAGGCAGAAAAAGGAGCAAAGCAGCUGAUGGUGGUCUGCAGCAAACACCAAGAAGACCCUAAACUGUUCUGUGAAGACGAGCAGAGAGCUGUGUGUCCUGUCUGUGAGUUUUCUCUCCACCAGAGUCACAAAGUGGUUCCUAUAGAACAAGCAGUCAGUGAGCUGAAGGAGCAGCUGAGAUCUGACUUAAAGUCUCUGCAGGACAAGAGGAAAAAACAUAAACAGGUGGAGAAAACAUACGAGGAUGUGAUUCAACACUCCAAGAAGCAGCUGUUGUCCACAGAGAGACAGAUCAGAGCAGAGUUCAACAAGCUCCACCAGUUCCUGAAAGAGGAAGAGGAGUCCAGACUGGCAGCUCUGAGGGAGGAAGAGGAGCAGAAGGGGAAGACUAUCAGCAGAGAGAUGAAGAGGAUCCAGGAGCAGAUCUCCUCUCUGUCAGACAGCAUCUCUGCUGUUGAAGAAGACCUGCAGAAAGACAACGUGUCGUUCCUCAGCAGUUAUAAAGCCACUCAGAGCAGAGCCAGAGGUCAGAGGUCACUGUCAGAUCCACAGCUGGUCUCAGGAGCUCUGAUAGAUGUGGCCAAACACCUGGGCAACCUGUCCUUCAGAGUCUGGGAGAAGAUGAAGGAGAAGGUCCACUUCAGUCCUGUCAUUCUGGACCCAAACACUGCAAAUGGAUUUCUCUACCUGUCUGAUGAUCUGACCAGUGUGAGGAAUGGAGACACAAAGCAGCAGCUUCCUGAUAAUCCAGAGAGAAACACUAAUUACGCCAAUGUUUUUGGUUCUGAGGGCUUCAUCUCAGGGAAACACAGCUGGGAGGUGGAGGUGGGAGACCAUCCUCGCUGGAAUAUCGGUUGUGUUAAAGAGUCAGUUGACAGGAAGGGAGAGUCAUAUGUUUCACCAAAAUAUGGAAUCUGGUGUUUAUUUCAUCGUGAUGGAAAAUACACUAAUGGUGCUGGUAAGACUCUCACAGUGAAGAAGAAUCUCCAGAAGAUCAGAGUCCAGCUGGACUAUGACAGGGGGGAGGUGUCCUUCUACGACCCUGAAGACAUGUCUCACAUCUACACUCACAGAGACACUUUCACUGAGAAACUCUUCCCUUAUUUCUGUGUCGGAAGAGCAGGUGAAGCGAAUCCUUCAAGCAUCGCACUUUGUAAAACUGAUAUUAACUUUUAGUUAUCACAGAAAGAAGGUUUCAACUUUAGAACAUACAAUUUAUGUGGUUCUUGAUGUCAGCAAAAUCUUGUUUUAAAUUAUUUUUCUUGGACAGAUUUUCUAAGAUGCUUAUGUAAACAGAAAAAGACACUUUCUGAUAUUUAUUACAAAGUUAAUUGUUCCUUGCGUAAAACAAUUGUAGAUUUCCAUCAGCAUACACGUUCAGACUUCACUGUCUUAUUUUCAUUUAGAGAAUAUGCAAAAAUGAUAAAAUGUAAACCCAAUAUGUGUUUAUUUAUUCUUCUGAAUUUACCCAGCGGAUCCACUGACUUAUUGUAACAUUUUUGAAUGGAAAGAUGUGAACAUCCUAAGAUGUAGAAAGUUAUAUCAGACUCCUGUUUCUUUUUUAGUUUCUCCUGUAAGCACAAGCUAAUAGCAAAAACCUUUUUUUUCUGCAUGUGUGUGGUCUUGACGAUAAAACUACAUUGAUAAUAUAUAUUUAUAAGAUGGCGGUCAACAACUUGUCAACAUAAACACUUUCCUGAUGUCUAAAAAAGCCUCAAUAAAGGAUUUAUUGUGUG